CAGCCUUUGAAGCUCGCGAAGGACGGGUGGAUCUAUGCUGCUGAUCGCGUGUGGAACGUGAUGGCGAGGGCAAUUCUGGGUGGGGCGGAUGGGGUCGUCGAUGGGACUGAUCUGGACGAUGGGAGGAAUAUGUUCAGCUUAUUCACAUACCUGAGUAGUCCGUACUCACUCUUGGUCUUCGUCAUGGCCAUCUUGUUGAAUCGGACGCUAUUGUAUGCGGCGGUACGACAACCGUACCAGAUCUCGACGGCGAAGAGGAUUGUGGUAAGGCUGCCCGCCAUAUAUUUCUUGGUGAGGAGUUUGAUGUUGGUGUUGUCGUUGAUGCGGCACAAGUCGACUUUGGCAGCGGAUUGGCUACCGGCAUCACUGAGCUCCGAAAGGGAUAAUGACCCGAAGGUUAUGUGGACUGUGUUCAAAACGUUGUGCUUUUCAAACUUCAUCGAAUUCUUCUCAGCUGCACUUCAGCGCCGGCACCCUACCGUCAUCUUCUCUAUGUCCACCGGCGAGUACUCCUGGGCAUUCUGGGAGGCUCAGACAUUUUGGGAACUUACCAAGAAUCUCCCGUCAACCGAGACAUUCGUGACGACAAUCAUCUGGACUUUGGGUGCAUUGAGCGUUCACAUUCUCGCGCUGUUCAAUCUCGACAAAUACCGACUGUAUGCUAGUACUUUGUGGGGUGCAUCAUUCCUCGGGUUUUACGGGUACAGCGUGGCUGUUGGACGACUACUCGAGUUUCCCACUUUUUGCGCAAUGUGGUUCGUCCCACACCUCCUUGUCGGGAUCGUCGUUGUCGCAUCCCUUCUGGUCACGCUCUUCGCCCGUCUUACACUCGCACCAAACAACCCUGCAAACCUCAUGCGGAACAACCCCUUCAUGGAUGGAAGUUGGCGCAGGAUUUUGGAGAUGAACACCAGCGACGACUUUUUCGUCCUGUUGUUGAAGGCUGGAGAUGUGUUGCUACAGGACGCGCAUGAAGCGACCUACAUGAACGAGGAAGAAGGGAUUAAGAUGCCGGAUAUGACCUACCUGGAACAAAUGCUCCAGAAAGGAAACAACAAGAAAGAGCGACUACCCAAAGUCCCGGCCGGAUCAACCGGGUUACAGAUCGAGAGAACGGAUUUGGAUGCGAAUGCGACUGCGGUGAUUCAGGAUACGAAACAACGCCAGCAUAAGCGUUUCAAGAAAUGGAGAGCGGCGUGGACGUUGAUGAAGAGGAUGUGGUACCUCUUCCUUGGACUCUUUAGACGUGGAUGGAGACCACAGCCUAAACCAAAGGACGAGUCCUUGCAGAAUGCGAUGGUGCGCUGGGAUUGGAACGCGGCGCCCGGGACGAGGGACCCGGAGGAAGAGGAAGAGGAGGUGUAUGAGAAGUUUAAGCGUGGGUGGUAUUUCGCGGAAGAGGAGGAUCGGGAUUAUUUACCCACUGACGACGAGGGGGAGUGGGCGUCUGAUAUUAACUCGGAUGCGGAGGGGGAGGAGCAAGAUGCGUUUCAUGAGUUGGUUCCGGAUGCGAGGUCGUUUGCGGAUAUUAUCACGGGUGAGAAUGCGGAGUCGAGCAGCGUCCUCGUGUCCCACCUCUCCUCAGCAGGCGUCCUAACCCGAUCCCGUCAUCGCCAUACCCACCCCCACCAGUCCACCUCCUCCAACUCCGACGAUGCAGCCAUCCUCCUCUCCAUCAUCCGCGAACGCCGAACCCUCCAACCCGCGGAACCCUCCGAGGGAAGAUUGUGUGUCGUCUGUCAAGCAAGUCCACGCGAGAUCGUUUUGUGGCCGUGUAGGUGUCUGGCAUUGUGUGAUGAGUGCAGGGUUAGUCUUGCGAUGCAGAAGUUUAAGGGUUGUCCGUGUUGUCGGAAGAAUGUUGUUAGUUUUAGUAAGUUGUAUACUCCUUGAGCUUGUGAAGUGGUGUGCAUGCUGUUUUGAUUGGGUUGGGAUUGCUAUAGACCUUGGAGGAUCUGGAUACCCGAAUGCGUGAUUAUAU